AUGCUUGAGCGCAUUUUCCUCAUUCAACAUGGCGUGCCAGUGAUUGCAAGACCUCUAGCAGAACCAGGAGCCAACACAUCUGUGCGCUUAGCAUUCGCGGACACCGCUCACGUCCUCCAUGUCUGCGCGAUGGCCGUGGCUCGUGUCGUACGCGUCCUCGCUCGCUUCACGCAAGCGAUGUUGGAGGCCGUCACGGCUGUCGAUACCGAGGUCGAACCUCACGGUCUAAAGCUCAGCGGACUCUAUGACACUUUCAUGGAGCGUUUGGAGAACCUGCUAAAGUCGAUCGACCGGAGUAACGAGGCUCUGGUCAGGCUCGACGGCCUCAUAACUCAGACGCUCUCUUAUCCUCCCGUAUUCAACUACGUAUUCCUUCGUCAUAUCAUCCCCUUCAUCAUGCGACACAACGCAAUCAGACUUUCCUCCCGCGCUAUCAUAAUGACGGCCGGGCGCCCCACUCUGGCCAACAUCCGUUUGACCGUGCUUGAGAUCGCCGACAUGGCUCACCGUCUCCGGAACCAUGCAUCGGAUGGACGAGCUCAUUUUAGCUUGGAUGGGCUCGUUGAGAUUUGGGGGCUGUCCCAGGACAAACGCUCAAAGCUUUGCGACGCCCUGAACACCAUCGUCUUCGACCUCGAUGGGAGUGGUUGCUUCGCCUUCGUGGGCACGGUGGAUGAGGCGCUGCGUUUUGCACGCGAAUCGAGGGCUUGCAUUUUGUUUGCUGCUAUGCAGCUGAGUGCACUCACCCGCGACCCCAUGUUGCUCAUGACCUUCAAAGAGAUCGUCAGCUACUCCCACUGCUUCAUCCAGAAGUCGGUGAUCAUCCUGGGUCACCUCGCCGCCUUCAUCCGCGCCAUACACUGCAGCAUCUACAACACUGACACUGACCAGUUCGGCCCCUGCGUCGAUCGAGCUAACGACGCGUACGCAGCCCUCCGGUACGAGCUCGCGGACCUCUUCCACGGAGCGCACGCAGCGGAGUCCGUGCAGGCCUUCGACAACUUCCUGCGCAGUCGCCUAUCGAUCAGCCCCCCGCUCGUCCGCGCCGUCUCCAAGCGGACCGUGUCCCCCGUACUCAAAAUCUGCAAGCGCGUCCUCCCCCUGCACCGCACCAAGCUCACCAAGCUGCGCGACACGCUGGCGGAGAUGCGGGGGAGCGUGUUCGCGACGGGGAGGCUGAUUGCUAACUUACAGGUCGAGGUCCCCGACCUGCUGAGCCCGAAGGGCGGCUUCAUUGGGGACCUGGAGCGCAAGCUUGACGCGGGUGAUUGGGUAUAUUUGGUUGGGCUGAUGCAGUUUUUCCAGGAAAAGUAUCUGGAUGUCAAGGACGCCUUGGAUGACCUCAAAGAUAUUGCGGAUGAGAUCGGGCAGGUCGUGAUGGGGUACUAGGUGAGUGCGUGCCCUCGUGAUGGUGCUCACCGCGAUAGACUUCCGCCUCUUGUUUUGUAAAAGGGCUGCGUAGUUCAAGUUGUUCUGUUCGUUUGUCUUGCGAUCGUUGUACUUCUACCUACGGGUCUGGCUGGUGCUGAUGAAUGUAUCUUGGAAAUGCCAUGGAUGUGGCCCUGGAA